UUUGGUCCGGUUCUAAUCAGUUCUUAUGGUACGUAACUCUUCACGCUACCAGGAAAACGUCCUUGGCCGAAUCCUGGAAGAUUCUGCAACAACUUGAACACUUUUUUAAAAAAGUGACAAAAACGAGAACAGACAGUGACUUACUCAAAGAUUUCCACUUCAGACAAACAAACUGAAGGUAUAUAAAGUCUGUGUUUCCAUCUCUGAGACAUCCUGUGAGCAGAAACUGCUGCUGGAACAGACUCUUCAACUAAUCAUCAAAACAAGAUGGCUGCAGGUCUUGUCUUCACUCUGCUUCUUGGUCUGAGCUUUGGACUCUGGGAUGGAGCUGAUGCCGGAUGUCACCUGAGAGCUCCCACAGAACUUGACUGCCCUCCAGGCUGGAGUUGGUUCGACCGUCGCUGUUUCAUCUUUGUGAAUACUCCUGUUACCUGGACUUCAGCUGAGGAUGCUUGCUUCCUAUUGGAUUCACAUCUGGCCUCAUAUAACAGUAUGGCGGAGUACACCUUCAUCAGACAACUUAUCCUCAACAAAACUACAAGAAACGUACCAAGUUGGGUUGGCGGUUUUGAUUCAGUAGAGGAAGGUGAGUGGUUUUGGAGUGACGGUUCCAAGUUUUGGUUUACUAACUGGAGGCCCGGAGGUCCAAAUAAUGAUGGUGGAUUCGAACAUUGCAUUAUCAUCAACUACAAUGAAGAAGAGUUUAUGGCUGAUGAGGAGUGUACCAAGGUGUUUCCCUUUGUCUGUGCCAAACCCCUGUAACCUUCUUAUCCCUUUUAAUGUGAAAUGCCCAUAUGGCUUUCCUGCUGGUGAUGUCACUUCCACCUGGAUGUCAAGCCUCGAUGACAUCACUGCUGGAAGAACCUGAUUUCAUUUUAUUUAAAUAAAUGUUUUCUUUCUCUGAAA